AUGGCGGAAAGCGACCCCAACCCCUACCUUCGCCGACCACUCUAUGCCUUCGAUCUUCCUCCCGAAUUACUUUACAGCCUUACUGUCAAGACUACAGGCGAGGCAACAGUUGGCCCAGCUGAUGAGGAUAACUAUGAUGUCCUCAGAUCGCGAAAGCCAGCGGCCACGGAGGAGGGAAUAUCACAGUCAACGGCCUGCAGCCUCUGUGGUGUUUCGUACCCUACUGUUCACGAGCAGCGACAGCAUGUCAAAUCUGACUUCCAUCGCUACAACAUGAAAUUGCAGGUCAAGGGGGUCCCACCUCUUAAUGAGGCGACCUUCGCUAGAAUGAUCGGUGAUUUAGACGAGUCGAUCUCGGGGUCAGAAUCAGACGACUCGGAAGAAGAAGACCCAAUUGGAAAGGCCACAACGCUGAGCACGUUGCUGAAGCGACAGGCCAAUUUGUCUCACGAAGCCAAUGAAGAAACAGUUACGGGACCAUCUGCCAAGACUGUUUCAGGCAACGCACCCAUGUACUGGUUCUCCAGCCCAAAGAUCGGGGAAGACCACGUGCUAGGUUUGUACAAAGCAGUAUUCACUCAUGAGGAACAAGAUGGCGCACCAGGGUCAUUGCUAGACGCUCUCAAGAAACGUCAGUUGAAACCCAUCUAUGGUAAGCAUAGCGGCAGUGGGCAAUCAAGUAGCCAGCCGACCAAUGCUGACCCGCACUACUUCCUCUGUAUGAUCGGCGGUGGCCAUUUUGCAGCUAUGGUGGUCUCAUUAGUCCCCGAGAUCAGAAGAGGACCUGGGGGUGUGGAAGAACGUCACGCCGUUGUCCGUGCUCACAAGACGUUCCACCGGUACACCACGCGGCGGAAGCAAGGUGGCUCGCAGUCAGCCAAUGAUAAUUCUAAAGGCAAUGCUCACUCGGUGGGUUCCUCUAUUCGUCGAGCCAAUGAGGCGGCGCUCGAAGUCGAUAUACGCACAGUUCUGUCUGAAUGGCGAGCUAUGAUUGACAGCGCCGACUUGAUUUUCAUUCGAGCUACAGGGAGCCAAAAUCGCCGAACGCUGUUUGGUCCCUACGAUGACCAGGUUCUCUAUAGCAAAGACAAGAGAUUGCGAGGAUUCCCUUUCAGUACCCGGCGCGCUACCCAGGCGGAGCUGCUGAGGUCGUUUCAAGAACUGUCAAGGCUGAAGGUGAGCACACUAGCUGACGUUACUCCGGAGCCGGUCAAGCCUAGGACUACAGCACCGAAACCUAUCAAACCGAAGACAGAGCCUGCAAAACUGAGCAAGGAAGACGAGGCUUCCCAGCUCCAUACUUCUCAGUUGGAAAAUCUGAUCAGACGCUCCAAGGCCCCUGGCGUACUCCUGUAUUUGACGAAAAACGAGCUCUCUCCGGACUUCAGGCUAUUUCCACCGUCAAGCCAUCACCACGCUCCCACAGUGUUGCACUUGGCGGCAUCUACCAAUUCUACCGCCAUUGUGUCUGCUUUGCUCCUGAAGGGUAAGGCUACUCCAUCUGUCACGAAUGACGACGGCAAGACCCCUUAUGACCUUGCUGGAGAUCAGCGCACCAGGGACGCGUUCCGAGUAGCUCGCUACCAGCUUGGUGAAGACUCCGUAGACUGGUCAGCCAGUCAUGUUCCGGGUGGUAUCAGCCAAGAACAAGCCGACCAGCGAGCAGCCCAGGAGAAAGUUUCGAACGCUGCGGCUGAGGCCGAGCGUCGGAAUGCUGACCUUGACAGAAUAAGAAAGGAAGAGGAGUUGCGCACCGUGAACAAGAUGGAGCGCAAGAGUGGGCCUGGCAAAAGCCUGGCAGCCGCUGCUGAGAAGUCGGGUUCGGAAAAGCGCGAAGAAGAGAUGAGGGGGCUGACACCUGAAAUGCGGAUGAGACUUGAAAGAGAGCGCAGGGCUCGUGCUGCGGAAGAGCGAAUACGAAAGAUGCAAGGCGGCAGAUGA